AUGAACCAGAUGAAUACCCAAACCGUGCAAACAGAAGAACAUCAAAACCGAUAUAAUCUUUUGCAGCAACUGCAGACUGGCAGAAAGAAAAACAAAUUAUCAAACUCGAUAACAGCAGAUCAGAAAUUGGGUUAUAUCAAAGAUGAGGAGAAUAAACCUGUUGAUGACACUGUUGAUUCUUUUCUGUCCCAUGAUCAUGAUAAUGUUGAUAACACAAGCACUCCUUUCAUGAAUUUAAGGAGUCGUUCUAACAGAUCUAAUAAAAGUGAACAUAAAGGCUUCACGUUUGAAGAGGUUAGUUGCCUUCACUCAUGCAAAAGCAAAGUCUUGAGCUGCCAUUUUUCAUCAGAUGGGAAGUUACUAGCUAGUGCUGGGCAUGAAAAGAAGGUCUUGAUAUGGAAUAUGGAAACUCUCGAUUUUGUCAGAACUGCGGAGGGCCAUUCCCUUCUCAUUACUGAUGUUCGUUUUAGACCAAGUUCAACCAUAUUUGCAACAUCGUCUUUUGACAAGACUGUCCAACUAUGGGAUUCUGCCAAACCAAGCAAAUCACUUUUCAAGCUUGUGGGGCACGCUGAACAGGUUUUGUCAUUAGAUUUCCAUCCUAGAAAGACGGAUCUCCUUUGUUCCUGUGAUAGUAAUAAUGAGAUGCGGUUAUGGAAUAUCAACCAACGUUCUUGUGUGCAUGUCUCUAAGUCAGCGACUAAACAAGUCCGGUUCCAGCCUCGACCAGGAAAGUUGAUUGCAACUGCUUCAGGAAAUGUUGUGAAUGUAAUUGAUGCUGAAACUAACAAGCCCCUAUCCUGUUUGAAGGGGCAUAACAAAGAGGUUCUUUCAAUUUGCUGGGAUCCUAGUGGCAAGUAUUUUGCCUCCAUCAGUGAAGACAGUGCACGAAUGUGGUCAGUAUCUGGUGGAGAAUGCUUGCAUGAAUUGCGGUCAACAGGCAACAAGUUCCAGUCCUGCACAUUUCAUCCAGGGUACUCACAACUCUUGGUCAUUGGUGGUUACCAGUGUCUGGAAUUAUGGAAUCCAGUUGAGAGCAAUAAAACAUGGACAGUUGAAGCACACAGGGGACUAAUUUCUUCGCUGGCAGAUUGUUUACAAACUGAAAUGGUUGCCUCCGCAAGUCAUGAUCAGUGCGUUAAGAUAUGGAAGUAAAAUAUCCUUCUCCAUGCAUCUGCUUGUUUGUACAUACAGAGCAAUUUCAAAAUGGAGCUAAUGACAACUGCGGGUAAGGUGAACAGUCAAGAAAAAGUAGCAGGGCUGAAGAUGCGCCCUUUUUUGUGGCAAUUUUGUAAGCAUAGACAGACAUCUUAACCACAGGCUAAAUAAUUUACAACCAAAGGUAGAGAAAAAAGGUAGAGAAAAAAUGAGAUACAACUGCAGUAUAAAAUAACGGGCUUUUCCUCCCCGAUGUUCUUGAUGGCUGCACUUUUGGACUUGGAUGAUUUUUCUGAUUUAAGCAUUAUAUCAAAUCAAAUAGACCUUAUGUUGAUA